GGCGGCCGUUGAAAAAUGGCGACUGUCGCUGAGUUGAAGGCCGUUUUAAAGGACACUUUGGAAAAAAGAGGAGUGUUACGGCAUUUAAAAGCAAGAGUUCGUGCAGAAGUUUUCAGUGCCCUUGAUGAUGAAAGUGAACCUCAGCCAUCAUUGUCUCAUGAAAACUUUCUAAUUAAUGAACUAAUUCGGGAGUAUUUGGAAUUCAACAAAUACAAGUAUACAGCGUCCGUCCUCAUAGCAGAAUCUGGUCAACCUGUAGUUCCACUGGACAGACAGUUUCUCGUCCAUGAACUAAAUGCAUUUGAAGAUUCAAAGGAUAAUAUAAUACCUCUUUUAUAUGGGAUUUUAGCUCAUUUCUUGCAUGGAACUAAGGAUGACAACCAAAAUACAUUUCUGAAAGGGUCUUCAUUCCAGCCUCCAAACCCAAAUCUUGGCAGACAACCUAGUGCAAGAAAGCAAAUGGAAGACCACUUGUGGAAGGAGCAGGGGAGGGGCACUGAUACUGAAAACCUGCACACUUCUGCCUCGGUGAACAGAUGACACUUCCAACUGGGGCAUCUUUUAUCUUAAACUUGUAUGUAUUAAAUAACUUAUUUAUUCUCCCAAUGUUACCAGAAUUCAUCGCUAGUAUUGUACUUUGUAAAAACGUGAAGUUUCUACAAAACCUUUAGCCCCUCAUGUUUUACUGCAUUUGUGAAUAAAAGCUAACUCUGUCAUCUAGUUUACCAGA